GUUGUGCUCCAGUUCCUGUAGGACAUCCGUGGCCGCACUUGGAGCUUCAGAAAUGUUGUCAAAACUUUUGAUAGUCCUUUUUCUCGCUGUUAUUUUACACGGCACGCCAACAGAUGCACAGAAAAAGAAGGAGGCUGUGUUGUCAGAGAAGGUCACUCAGAUGAUGGAAUGGGCCAGUAAGCGUGCAGUGAUCCGGCUGAAUGGAGAGAAGUUCAGGAGGCUGAUCAGAGCUCCUCCACGCAACUACUCGGUCAUCAUCAUGUUCACAGCACUACAGCCACAGAGACAGUGUGCUGUCUGCAAACAGGCGGAUGAGGAAUACCAGAUUCUUGCAAACUCUUGGCGAUAUUCAAGUGCAUUUACUAAUAGAAUUUUCUUUGCGAUGGUGGAUUUUGAUGAAGGCUCAGAUGUCUUUCAGAUGCUCAACAUGAACUCUGCUCCAACAUUCAUCAACUUUCCGGCCAAAGGCAAACCCAAACGAGCGGAUACGUAUGAGCUGCAGGUUCGAGGCUUUGCAGCUGAGCAGCUCGCUCGAUGGGUGGCUGACCGAACAGAUGUCCAUAUCCGGGUGAUCAGACCUCCUAACUAUGCUGGGCCAUUGAUGUUGGGUUUGCUGCUGUCAGUCAUUGGUAGUCUGGCUUACCUGCGCCGCAAUAACCUGGAGUUCCUCUUCAAUAAGAAUGUCUGGGCUUUCACUGCACUGUGUUUUGUGUUGAUCAUUACAUCGGGUCAAAUGUGGAAUCACAUUCGAGGACCUCCAUAUGCUCACAAGAACCCAAACACCGGCCAAGUGAGUUACAUCCAUGGCAGCAAUCAGGCUCAAUUUGUGGCAGAGACGCACAUAGUUCUGCUGUUUAAUGCUGCGGUGACCUUAGGAAUGGUGCUGCUCCAUGAGGCCGCGACCUCUGACCUGGACAUCGGAAAGAGAAAAAUCAUGUGUGUGGCAGGAAUUGGACUGGUGGCGCUGUUCUUCAGUUGGCUUUUGUCCAUCUUUAGGGCCAAAUAUCAUGGAUAUCCUUACAGUUUCCUGAUUAGUUAAACGAAGACCUUUGGGGGAUCCUUGGCAAAUAUUGAUACUCAAAGUGCCUCGAUGCUUACAAUGAGUGAUUGAUUUGGUAAACAUGUGCUUCAACCUGUAUGUGCCUUUUGUGUUUUGUUUCCUUUUUUAAAUGGUCAAUUACAGAAGCCCUGAUUACAUUUGACUUUUUUUAAUGAAAGUUUAAUUUGAGAUUUCUUUACCCCGAGUGGUGUAGAUCAUAUGUUUGAAAACACAGAGGUUAUACUGACGCAGAUGCACUGUAUUGCAUUGCUUACUAAUGAGGUUUUAAUGUGUAAUCAAAUGUAUAAUAUAACAUUUUAUAAGGAAAUUGGUUCAGUUAAAAUGCUUAGAUUUGGUGAUGCACAAAGGCAAGCAAGGCAUUUCAAUUCUACCUCAUAAAUGUGCAUAUCAAGUGUUCCGAAGUCACAGUAAAGCAGUCUCGUGUGAGAGGUGGUUUAGCGUAAGAUGGAGGGAAAGCUCAGGGGGUGUGUCUUAAAUGAGCAGAGCAGUUCUGUGUUUGCUCUUGUUAUGCCUCAGGUGAUGAUGUCUGCCAUUAAAAGUGCCUUGAUUGCUUGUUGGAUUUCAUUUCUUUUGACUGCUGAUUUAAUUGUAUGUCGACGUAGUAAUCUUUCUCAAGUCAUUCAGUUUGGCUCAUUUGAACUGGUGAUUUCAGUCAGAUCUUUCGAUUUUUGUUUGGAUGAUCCACAGUUAGAAACGGUUUAUGUAUAAGACUAGGUUUAGGUGAAUCUCACGAAAACGUCAUAAUUCUCCUAUAAUCUAAUAUAUUUAAUUGCCUAGAAAUUGCUCUUGAU